AUGUUCACUUCUGAUAUUUUAAGAAAAAUUUACCAAAUCAGAAAAGAUCCAUAGCUUCCUAGUAGUCCAAAAAGUGGACUUUUUGAAAGUAUUAAAAAAGCCUUUUCAAUUCGUGAUCAUCAUUAACAGGAGGUACAAAAAAGAGCAAGUGUGAAAGAUCAAUUAGACUUUGAUAGCAUUUAAACUAUUCACUUACCAGCACUACAAAGAAGAAGAUAGAAGCAGUAGCUCGGUCAUGAUGAUAUUGACGAUGUACUAUUAGCAUUUAUUCAUAGAGCUAGUUUUACUUAUGGAUUAAAGAGGAUGAUUGAGUAUGUCGUCAAAUGUAUUUGUCUUAAAAAAUCAUAAAAAUUGAGAAAAGAUCCUUAGGGAAAAGUUCAUUAUUUAUAUAAGAAAGGAGAAAAAAAAUUAAAGGGUGAGCUAGAUGUAAUUUAGCUUUUGAAAUCCUUAAGGAAAUUUAAACUCUUGUAAUAAGCAAUGCUGCCUUAAAAAAGUAGAAUGCUUUUGUAAUAUCAGAGAUUUAAUUUAAUUGAAACUGAAUCCUCAUCAUCUGAUUCAGAUGAUGAAAAGAUGCAAACUGUGCAAUUAAUGGAAAACAAAAAUCCUCUUAUAAGACUUGUGAUGUAUGGUAAAGUCACUAAGAUGAUAUCUUAGUUUAAGGAUUAAAAGCUUGAACCUCUUGAGUUAAAUCUUUUUAGAGGAGUAUUUCAGAGAAGAUUAAAAGAUUUUUCAGAUGAACUCAAUGAGAUUAAAGAAAAUAAAAUUCUAAUCAAAAGAAUGCAAACUCAAAUUACUAGUUUCUUCCAACCUUAAAGUGGCUGUGAUUUUGAGGAAGAAGCUUAUGAUUUGGCCUAUGAAUAUGGAUUGAAUAAAAAUGACUCCAAGCUAUUCAAUGAUUCAAAUAUUAGUGCUACUGAAGACCAUUUAAGACACUAAAUUAGCAUUAGAAAUGUAGAUGAAGAGAGAAUAGGUUAAAGUAUUACUUUCUCUUAAGGCUCAAAUAAACUCUAGGUCAUUUAACCCAAGAAAUAAAAAUCUGGGAAAAGUCUUAAACGAAUUAAAGGUAAAAUGAAAGUUAUUUAAAGUGAUAUUGAUUAGGAAUCUUAAUCUCAGAUUCCUUGA